GAGGCUUGGUUUUGGAAACCAGAGGAUUGGACACGCUGGGGAAGUAAUGUCCCAUUUCCAUAAAGUUAUUAUUUUUUUCUUGCAGCAGAGAUGUCAGCUUAUUUAUAGGAACCACCCAAAGCCAGAGUCAUGGUGGAUGUAGGCAAGUGGCCAAUCUUCACUCUGCUCUCACCCCAGGAAACGGCAUCGAUCAGGAAAGCAUGUGUCUUUGGUACCUCUGCCAAUGAGGCCAUCUAUGUCACUGACAAUGAUGAGGUCUUCGUGUUUGGACUGAACUAUAGUAACUGUCUAGGAACUGGAGAUAACCAGAGCACUCUAGUGCCCAAGAAACUAGAAGCCUUGUGUGGAAAAAAGAUCAAAAGUCUUAGUUAUGGGAGUGGCCCCCAUGUCCUCCUCAGCACUGAAGAUGGAGUUGUCUAUGCCUGGGGCCAUAAUGGAUACAGCCAGCUGGGGAAUGGGACCACCAACCAAGGAAUUGCUCCUGUCCAAGUCUGUACGAAUCUCCUGAUCAAGCAGGUGGUUGAGGUAGCCUGUGGUUCACAUCAUUCAAUGGCUUUAGCAGCUGACGGAGAGUUGUUUGCGUGGGGCUAUAACAACUGUGGUCAGGUGGGGUCAGGAUCUACAGCGAAUCAGCCAACUCCUCGGAAAGUCACCAACUGUUUACACACGAAGAGAGUGGUCACCAUUGCCUGUGGUCAGACCUCCUCCAUGGCUGUUCUGGACAGUGGUGAGGUGUAUGGCUGGGGCUAUAAUGGCAAUGGACAGCUGGGCUUGGGAAACAAUGGCAACCAGUUGACCCCAGUGAGAGUGGCAGCGCUGCACGGCGUGUGUGUGAACCAGAUUGUCUGCGGCUAUGCACACACUCUCGCACUAACAGAUGAGGGCUUGCUCUAUGCCUGGGGAGCUAACACAUACGGGCAGCUGGGCACUGGCAGCAAAAACAACCUGCUAAGCCCCACACACAUCAUGGUGGAAAAAGAAAGGGUUGUAGAGAUCGCAGCCUGUCACUCCAGCCACACGUCUGCCGCCAAGACCCAGGGCGGGCACGUGUACAUGUGGGGCCAGUGCCGCGGCCAGUCGGUGGUCCUUCCCCACCUCACCCACUUCUCCUGCACCGACGACGUCUUUGCCUGCUUUGCCACGCCUGCCGUCUGCUGGCGCCUCCUGUCUGUGGAGCAUGAAGACUUUCUAACAGUUGCAGACUCACUGAAGAAAGAAUUUGACAGUCCAGAAACUGCUGAUCUGAAGUUUCGAAUUGAUGGGAAAUACAUUCAUGUCCAUAAAGCUGUUUUGAAAAUCAGGUGUGAGCACUUCCGAUCCAUGUUCCAGUCCUAUUGGAAUGAGGACAUGAAGGAGGUGAUAGAGAUAGACCAGUUUUCUUACCCUGUGUACCGUGCCUUUCUCCAGUACCUCUACACAGACACAGUGGAUCUGCCACCCGAGGACGCCAUAGGUCUUCUGGACUUGGCGACAUCGUACUGUGAAAACAGACUCAAGAGGCUUUGUCAGCACAUCAUCAAGCGGGGCAUUACCGUGGAGAACGCUUUUUCGUUAUUCUCUGCUGCGGUCAGAUACGAUGCAGAGGAUUUAGAAGAAUUCUGCUUUAAGUUUUGCAUCAAUCAUUUGACAGAAGUUACACAGACUGCGGCGUUUUGGCAAAUGGAUGGCCCCCUGCUAAAGGAGUUCAUUGCUAAAGCCAGUAAAUGUGGAGCCUUUAAGAACUGAAGCCUGAGGCUGCUGGGCUGGGUGUGAGUGCUUUGGGGCACUGUGGGUGAUGGGAUUCUGCAGGUAAAACCCCACCAGGUUGCCUUUGUCACAUCAGAGACAGUGCUCUCUAGGAAUAUAUGAAGGAUGUUUGCUUUUUAUGAGCCUGUUUUUCACAACUCUUGUUUCUAGAUAUGUAUACUUUAAAUGUGAUUUUCUUACAUUGGGCUGAACGCUGUGAAAGGAUGAAAGCUUAGUUGCUUUUGAUUUUUUAAUUUUGAUGAGAGGAUCUUUUGAACUUGGAUUAAGGAAGUCAAUGAGAUGUCCCUGGGCCUUUGACAACAAGCCUUUUCCCAUUGCCUGUGAAGGAGAAGCCCUGCCCGGUGCUCCCUGAGAGCUGCUCACUGUCACCACCUUCCUGUGGGGCACCAGCCCUGUGGGAGGCUAAGAAAUAUUGUCGAAUAUGCACUAAACCCACUUCAACAGUCCAGAACUGUUUAGGUUUGCUGAGGUUCUCUUAAGAUGUGGGCCUAGGGCUGGAAAGAUGGCUCAGCAGGUAAAGGCUCUUAUCACUAAGCCUGAUGACUUAAGUUCAGUCCCUGGAACCCACGUGGUGGAGACAGCAGAUGUUACAAGUUGUCCUCUAACCACUAUACAUGUUCCAUGACCACACACGUGCACACCAUUUUUAAAGAAGUGUAAUAAAAACUGAAAGCUUUAGAUAUCUCAAGAGUCAGGACUAGAACUACCUGUGAGAUGCUCACGGUAGAAGAAGCUCUGUUCUAUAAAGGAGACUGGUUUAGAAGUUACAGUCGCCACUAAUUCUGGGCUUCGCCUAACCCGUUCCCAGCACUGUUUCAUUAGGGUCGCAUUGGAGACUGCAGUGUACACUACCCCAACCUCUCCCUGUAAGUACUCACAGUGGCAAACUCUCCAUACAUACCUGCCCCUUUGUGACUCGAUUGUUAAAACCACCCUUCUUUCAGGCCUCGAUAGAAUGUUCCCUUUCGGGGGAGGUCUGGGCCAAAUUCCAUCACAAAUUUAUUUGAAGCUUCACCUUCCAGUUUGGUUUUUCUUUAGUUGUGUUAGGAAUACUUGUUGGCUUACUUUAGCCUUGAAAUAGGGUUCCCCAAGUCAUAGUUUGUCUUUAGAUCUGGCUGUGAAUGUUACUGGGUAUAGGGUUGUUGGUGUCCCAGCUUCACCCAUUGAGCUUGCUUUCAGAAUAAGGCAUUGUCUGCUCCAUGAACUCCUUUACAUGUGUGUGUGUUCCCGUAGUGUGUUCUGUUUCCCGCUUAACUAAGACCUUUGGACUUAGCCUGAGUUCAGAGCCACGUUAACAAGGCUGCAGGCACUGUUGCAGCCGUGCUUCAAAGUGUGUGUGUCAGGGUAGAGUGGUGAGUGAGGCACCAACGAUAGGAGUUGUUGACAGGCAAAAUAAAUCAAACCCAGAACUCCAAGCUCCUUUUCUUGAUCGUGUCACAGUGAUUGUUGCCUGGUGUAUGGUAAGUUAGAACUGGCUCUUCAGUGACAGUUCUUCCUCCUAGGACGAUGAGUUGCACAUUAAUUUGACUUGUUGUAAUAGGACAUCUGUAUAACCACAGUGCAGUAGACUUAGGGUCUCAAGGUGGCAACUUUAGUGUGUUUAAGUGUGUUUACUAUUGCUCUUACUUGAAAACCUCUCCGCACAAAAAAGCACAAAUUACAGCUGUAGAUGCAUAUCCAUAGAUAGUCCACCAGACAAAAGCAUACUGAGUCCUGAUACAACUGAAGACACACUUCUCGGUUUCCUGGGUAGCUUGAGUGAGUGUGAGACAGUGAAAGAACAAGUCCUUUCAAGAUGUUUGAGUGUUUUUUUUUUAAUACAAUCUUUUUAUUUUUCUAUUUGGUUUUGUUUUUAAUCAUAGGAAACAAAAACUAUUCUUGAAAUUAAUGUUUUCUUCUGAUGUAAUAAUGGAAGCCAGAGAAGUCACAUUUCUUAAAAUAUCUAAACUGUAUCCUUGAACUUACUGGAACAAUGUUUGAUACUCGAGUGUUUAGGAUGCAUUUAUGUAAUUUCUUGAAUGACAUAUUAAUAAACAAUCUCUUAAGGUA